AUGAAGACUGCCAUCGCUCUCUUGCUGCUGUCUUGCUUCCUGGCCGCCAGCCAUGCAUUGAGGUGCUCGAGAGGUCCCAGCCUUAGCCAGAUCAAGCAGAUUGACGCCGGACAUGGAUUUGUGGUUGCUGUUGACAGACACGACAGACCCUACAUGCUGAGUGGAAAUCGAUGGACCUCACUAGGAAGCGUUCGCCUGCGUCACGUUUCAGUGGGACGAGCUGGAAUCUGGGGCAUUGGCAAAACCAACAAGGUCUACAAAUUGGUGGGCGGCCAAUUUCUGGCAGCACGAGGUGUGACAAUGAAAAUGGUGGCAGCUGGAGGUGAUGAUUUUUUGCUUGGAAUCAGAGCCAGCAACAGCAGGUCCUACUGUCUCAUAAGCAGCCGGACUCAAGGCUUCCAAGGUGGCACCAGUCUGAGAUGGACUUCAAAGUCAAGCAAAAUUGCGCAAGCAAGCUGUGGGACAAAUUUCUGCUGGGGAAUCAGCUCGAGUGGAAAGCCCCACGUCUUGUCGAGAAUCACAAGCAGGAACUGUAGGAGUUCAAGGUGGGAGAGAGUGUCCGGGGCAUUGAAGAUGGUCAAAGUCGGAGAGGACAGAUCAGUUUUUGGACUGACUGCAAAUGGUCAAGUCCAUGAAAGAAUCGGCAUCACAAGUGGUCGCCCAAAAGGCACCCGUUGGCGUCGACAGGGCGUGAACACAGUUAUCAAGACUCUAGCCUAUGACCUGGGCAAAGUUUGGCUUGUCAGCAAGGCAGGUGUGCUCAUGACAUGCACCCGCUAGGAUUCACCCGAGGAUUCACGCCUACA